AUUCUUCUCUUAUUUCAUUGCAAGCCUGGAAUAAACUGACACAUGUAUUUUUGGCAUGUGGGCUAAAGUGGGCGAUUCCGGUUAGCCCAUUAAAAAGUAAUGGGAAAAUUCACGAAUUCGAAAGAACCCUAGAAGAAACUACAGCGCUUCAAUUUCAUCAGCUGCCCUUGAGAAUUCAAUUUUCUGCAAGGAAACCAAGUUAUGGCAUCGCGAACAAUGGACACUACAAUGCGUGAUAUGUGUACUGUGAUCUUUAAACUCUCAGCAAAAGAUAGUCCACUGGUAAGUGAUAUGGAGAAGCUAUUGGCGUCGUCAAAAGAUGGGGAUUUGUAUCUCAAGAAAAAUGAGCUAUUGAGAUGGAUAGAUUUUGCUCAGACCUUCUUCAAUAAUCCAGCUGGGAAUGUUGAGCUUAAGGCGCUUGAGGACUUGAAUGAAGAGUUGAUUACAAAGUCCGUUCUAUUGGGCAAUGGACUCAAACCAUCUGUAGCCGAUGUUUAUGUCUAUGCGACAUCGCAUUCCUGCGUGAAACGUCUUUCAAGUUCAGAUAGAGAAAGGAUGCCACAUUUGUUGAGGUGGGUUGAUUACAUCCAGAAUCAGGAGGAUAUUCAGCCAAUAUUGGAUAAGAUUGUUGUUGAGAAGGCUGGAUUUGUGCCCCCUGUGUCAAAACCUAUCAAAAAGGUCGAAGAUUCCAAACAAGAGCCGAAAGAGGCUGGAAAGUCAGAGACUGUUUCUAAAGGAAAGAAGAUUGCUGAUACUAAAAAGAUUGAAGAGAGUCAGACUAGCGAAGCAAAGAAGAAGCUUCCCGAAAAAGUUGUGGAAAAGAAAGACGAAGAACUUAGCGUCAGUUUACUGAAAAUCCAGAUUGGCCACAUUCGUAAAGCAUGGAAACAUCCAUCAGCUGACAGUUUGUUGGUUGAGGAGAUAGAUGUUGGAGAAGCAAAAUGCCGUCAAGUGGUUAGUGGCCUAGCAAAGUUCUGCACUCCUGAAGAAUUAACGAAUCGUCGGGUGGUUCUUAUAACAAAUGUAAAACCGGGGAAAUUACGAGAUGUGAUGUCUGAGGGACUGGUCUUAUGUGCUUCAAGUAGUGAUCAUACAGUUGUAGAGCCUCUUAUUGCUCCAGAUGGUGCUAAAGUUGGGGAAUGUGUUACAUUUUCUGGAAUUGACGGCAAGCCAGAAGAGGUGUUGAACCCCAAAAAGAAGCAGUUAGAUAAGAUAACUCCGAAUCUUUUCACAGAUGAAAAGGGUAUUGCGAAGUUCAAAGGCAUCCCAUUCAUGACUUCUUCUGGACCGUGCUCGUCCUCCAUUCCCAACGGAAGCAUCAAAUAGAGAGGAGUUCCCUUAUCCUGUUCUCCAAAGUUCAUACACAGCAUUGUUAGUGUUGUAAACAGAGUUCUUAACCCAAUGUUAACUGAGAGGCUGCGAAAGCCACUUAUUCCCGAUGUAUAAACAAAGUCCUAUUCUGCAGGGCUCAUUUGAUGCUGUGAGGUAAUAUGAAGGAACUUGUUCAAA